AAUUUACAAUGUGUCGGUAGACGCUUUUUACAUUUGCCUGGGCUUUCCAAUAGUCUUUUCACAUUAAUAUUUUAGGUGUAAAUGAUGAUUGAUCUUCCUCUUGGAGGUUUAGUUUCUUUCUGAUACAAUUUUGUGCAUGUGGUGAUGGAAACUGGUUAUAGGAUUGGAGGUACUGAUGUUCCUGAUAGUCAGAAUAGCCCAGGCAACCCUAUCUGCAUUUUAGAUUCUAGCAUAAAAAGUUGUGAGGUAGUUGUAACCGAUUUGUCCCUGGGCAUAUCUCAACCCAAGGAUGUGGAUGGUAUUUGUAUGAAUCUACAAGACAAUGAAGUACUGCCUGCAGCAGAUUCUAAUGUCACAGUUCUGUCUCCUGGACUCACAAAAAGUCCAUGCAGGAUAUUGUUACACUCAGGUCUUACAUCAUCACCCCACUGUAGUGCAAGUUCGAAAGAGCCUGAUGAAUCUUCUUUGGAUCAAGAUUGUGCCCAUGAUGUUUCGGCUGUGGAUUCAUCCCCUGUUGAGUCCCAUUUGUGCAUUGAAAAACCUGCAUCCUCUGGCUCUGCUGUAGACCAUUUACAAGGAACACUUUCCUUUGACCCAGAUGAUAUAUUGAAGAAUUGUCAGAUAAGUAAACAGGACAAGAAUGCAGCUAGUGAGAAUUCUACAGUUAGUGCUAGCCCGACUUCAAAGACCAAUGAAGAGAGAAAAAUGAGAAAGGAUUCUUGCGCUGAAAUCGUAGAUUCAGUCAGCAAUAAAGACCAACCCUCAGGGAAGGUUUCAGCUUCCUUUGAAAAUGAUUCUGAUCAAACAAAGCUAAAACAUGUUAAAAAUUGUCAAGAGUUGCCUCCUGCUGUAGGAGAGGCGGAAAGCUUUCUCACUAAUUUAGGAAGUCUGAUCCGAGAAUCAAUGGUGGUAGUUGAUGAAUUAGAAAAUACUAAUGACAUCAGUGAAACAAGUACUUUAAAGUGGAAUGCUACAUGUAGUGUUGAGCCGUAUGUCAAUUUGAAUGCAUUUUCACAAGACCCAUGUGAAGACCCAUUUGAAAUGCCUCAAAAGCCUGGAAUGGUAAAUUGGGGUAAUAGAAAUUCAUAUCAAUAUGAGAAGACAAAAUGUAAAAAUGAUAUCAAUAAUAAUUGUUCCUCUCUUGUGUACUCAAAGUCUACACAUUCAGAAAAAAAUGAGAUUGCUCACACUGUGUCAACUAACAAUAGAAAGCUCCCCACGAAAGGUGCAAUUUUGAGGCAACCCUCUCACAGUAAAAUGGUUCAUAAAAUAAGAAAGCCGGGAGUAUCUCAACAUGCAUUGGCUCUCCGCCACAUGAAUGGUUUCAAACUGGAAGGCCACAGGAUUCUUGAGGCACCCCCAUCACCUGGCGACAAAAUAGGCAUUGAGCUAGCAGUUAAUCCAGUUGGCUCUGGCUCUGAAAGGACUUCAAAAUCGUCUAAGCUAGAUGGAGCGGUCCCACAACUCUUCACAGCUUUUACUAGUUUCAUUCAAUCUGCACGUAGUCUUCCCACUCCAACUCAGAGUGCUACUGCAGCUACACUUACAACUGAGGCUUGGAAGCGUGUGCUAGCUCAAGCUCAGCGGAAAUAGAAGCAGUAUCAAUGGCCAAGUGGUUAACUUUACCCCAAUUAUAUUGCAACCUCAUUCUAACACUCCAAAUUUGUACUGGUUAGGCCCACAGAAUAAAAUAAAUUGAAGCAUUUAAAAAUAGAAUUAUUUUCUGAAAUUUCCCAU